AUGUCCGGGCGCGGGAAGCAGGGCGGGAAGGCGCGCGCCAAGGCCAAGUCGCGCUCGUCGCGGGCCGGGCUGCAGUUCCCCGUGGGCCGCGUGCACCGGCUGCUGCGCAAGGGCAACUACGCGGAGCGCGUGGGCGCCGGCGCCCCGGUGUACCUGGCGGCCGUGCUGGAGUACCUGACGGCCGAGAUCCUGGAGCUGGCGGGCAACGCGGCCCGCGACAACAAGAAGACGCGCAUCAUCCCCCGCCACCUGCAGCUGGCCAUCCGCAACGACGAGGAGCUCAACAAGCUGCUGGGCAAGGUGACGAUCGCGCAGGGCGGCGUGCUGCCCAAUAUCCAGGCCGUGCUGCUGCCCAAGAAGACCGACAGCCACAAGGCAAAAGCCAAGUAAAUGCUCUCUGAAGCUAAUUCUGAAACAAAGGCUCUUUUCAGAGCCACCCACGUUUCUCAUAAAGGGUUGAAUCACUGUAGUUUUUAUUACGUUCCGGGGGAAGGCAGAUAUGUAUGUUAUCUUCAUUUUUUUUUUUUGAUUACCUUGUUUUUUUCGUGUACGUUUUUGUUUUCCUGUCUAUGUGGGGCGAUUUUCCUAAUGCUGGUUUCUUUUUUUCUUAUUGGAAUCUGUUUAUCACAGAGCAAUUUUCUUUGUCGAUGCCAUUUAAGAAUUUCUUAAUUGAUAAGUAUUUUGACCUUUUCUGUGUGUUAACCCUAUGAAGUAAGGGUUUUAGAACAACGUAGAUGUGCCAUGUCCUGCCUAGCUGGCUCUUACUGCUCUUAAGUGUUUUGUUCUUGUAUUAGAGGACUGUACUGAAGUCUUGGUAACCUGGAUUUUUUUUUUAAUUUUUUUUUUUUUGCUUUAAGUGUACAAUAAAGAAGCUAGUCAAUGUUGCACUUGCAUAUUUCAGAGAAAGGGGAAUGGGAAGGAAGAAAAACUGAGACAAAUUUAAGCCCUGAAUUGAAUCACCCGGUUCUUGCAGUGACCUAGAAUAAUUUGUUUCUCGGCAGGAAGGGAGUUCCUACCCUCGGGCCCCUGACUGAUCCACUUUUGCUGCCUUUUAACACUCGGGUAUGGAAGAGUCCCACGGGCUUUUCCUUGGCCGAACGGUGGAACACUAGGGAAGGGUUUCAGGCAGGGAGGAUUGCUAGUAUUGUCAAGGAGCGGCCUGAUGCGCUGUGCCGCUACUGUGGAGGUCACUGCAUUACACUGGAAAGAGCACGAUCGCUUUCAGUUUCAUUUUUCUGGUGCUGGUCGCUGGAUCCACGCCCUCUUCUCCCUGUGGUAUGCGGAGUUUCGAGCCGGUACUUGGUUUUGGGGAAAAGCGAGUCAUUCUUACAAACGCUGCUGCUCUUACAGCAAGUCACGGUGUUGCUUUAAAGUUUAAUUCUCUGGUGCUGCUCUGCUGGCUUCUGCUUUCCUUCUGGCUCU